CUCCUGUCGCCGAGCAGCAGCGCUCUUCGCGUGGGCCCCGUGAGCUUCACCAACAUCUUCUCUGACACCGCUCUUCGCGCGCAAACGCAGAGCGUGCGCGGCCGGAGCUACGCAAACAUGACCAAGUUAUCGUCUUUCCGCGACCCCGUCGUGCGGACAGAGCUCAACACGCCGAGUGAGCUGCGGCAAGGCCCCGCGACGGCGUGGAUCACGGCACCCUACCGCCUCUCCGUGGAGACCAAGUCGCUGCCGGCGGCGCACUUCUUCAUCCUCUUCGUCUUCUCGCUGCAACUCCUCGUCUCCUUCCUCAUCCCGCUCGCCGCGGCGCCGGCCACGGAGGACGACGUCGUGCUGCGCGGCGCGUCUGCCUUCCCCUGCUCGUGGCUGGGCGACCUACACGCUCGUCUUCAACUUCGCGGUCGACCUCAACGACCCCUUCACAGGCAACUACCAGAUCCGCCGCUCCGCCAUCAACGCCAACCUCGUCGCGACGCGCCGCUGCGUCGCCGCCGCCGUCGGCGACGAGCGCGCGAGGGAGUGGCAGCGCGACGACGACCGGAUCGCCGUCGAGCGGAGGCGGAGGAGGAGAGAGCGAGCCGCUGCGGGCGUGGAGAGCGCAGCGGCGCAGUCGCCUGCUCUGUGAGAGGGGCGAGCUCGAGCGUGGUGUCUGGUGAAGUCGUGCGACGUCACGCGACUGACAGAGUGUGUGUCUCGGAGUUUCGCCGCGCGUUCGAGCGCGUGGUCGGCGUGGUAUGUGACUUUAUGUUUGUAUUACUGUUGUAUUAUCAUUAC